AUAUAUAUAUAAAUGGCACCCGGAAUUAAUGAGUGAGAUAUAUGUGAAUUGAGUUCAAUAAUAAGUAGUAUAGUUAUUGAGUUUGUUUUAUUGAACCCGUAUUCACCAAAAUAUUCUCUAGCACCCAAAGAAAAAAAAAUGACGAGUGUUAGAAAACAACGUGUGAUGAUGGUACCAGCUCCAGCCCAAGGCCAUGUGAAACCCCUCAUGCUUUUUGCUCAGAAGCUUGCCCAACAUGGCUUUAGAAUCACUUUUGUUUACACUGAGUACGACUUGAAGCGGAUCUUGAGUGCCAUGAGUGAUGACGAUCACAAGAGCAUUGGGUCAGAUAAGAACAUUGAGUUGGUGUCGAUCCCAGAUGGGCUGUGUCCGGAGGACGACAGAAGUGUGGAAAAUCUAACUAAAGCAAUUUUAGAGAAUUUGCCAGUGGAGAUUGAAAAGCUCAUAGCAACUAUAAAUGGAAACACUGCUAUUGGACAACGGUCGAAAAGUAGUACUUCGAAUGACAAGAUUAGUUGUGUCAUUUUUGAUGCUUAUUUGGGCGUUAGCAUGGAAGUUGCAGCUAAGCUGGGUAUUGAAGGAGUAGUAUUUUGUCCCUCUUCGGCUGCUAUUCUUGCCCACUCCAUGAAUUUGCCAAAUUUGAUAUGCGAUGGGAUACUGAAUGAUUAUGAUGGAACACCAACACAAAAACAGAUUAUUCAAUUGUCUUCUGGCAUGCCUGGCCUGGACACAUCAUGGUUGCCAUGGAAGUUUGAUGAUUUAGCCUCACAAAAGAUAGUAUUUCAACUUUUUCUCAAAGUUGGCCAGGCCUUGAAAGCUGCACAAUGGUGUCUCUGCAAUACUACUUAUGACAUCGAAUCUGUUGCACUUUCUUCAUUUCCAAACUUCCUCCCAAUAGGACCAUUGAUGACAAACAAAAUUAAUAAUCCUUUAGAUAUUUCAGGAUCACAAUUUUGGGCUGAAGACUCUUCUUGCUUAAGUUGGCUCGAUCAACACAAGUCUCGUUCAGUCAUAUACGUCGCAUUUGGUAGUAUCACCGUCCAUGAGCAACAACAAUUUCAUGAGCUAGCUCGUGGGCUAGAGCUCACUGGUAGACCAUUUCUUUGGGUUGUUCGUCCAGGAUUUAUCUCAAACGAUGAACAAGAAAAUAGAUUUGAUCCUUACGAAUUUUUAGGCAAUAAUAAUAAUGUUAGAAAGAUAGUCAAUUGGGCACCUCAACAAAAGGUUUUAAGCCACCCUUCAAUUGCUUGUUUUGUUACCCACUGUGGUUGGAACUCGACUAUGGAAGGUUUGAGCAAUGGAGUGCCUUUCUUAUGUUGGCCAUAUUUCGCUGACCAAUUUUUGGAUAAGGACUAUAUAUGUAAUGUUUGGAAGAUUGGAAUGGGAUUUGAACCUGAUGAAAAUGGAAUCAUAACGAGUGAAGAGGUGAAAAAUAAAGUAGACAAACUUCUAAAUGAUGUAGAUAUAAGAAAAAGAUCGUUGGAGUUCAAAGAAAUGACAAUGGAAAGUAUAGCUAAAAAUGGUCCGUCUUCAAAAAAUUUGAACAACUUUGUCAAAUGGUUGGACACUCUAUGACUGAUAUUUCGUGCUAAAAAUAAUAAGCGUGAUGAAAAAUAAUUUUCUUAUUUAAAUAUAAACAUGUUGGCCAAGUACGUACUCAUUAUUGUAUUAUUUUGUAUUGUAGUUUUCUAUGUACACGUGUGGUAUUGUAAUGAUUUAUUAUUUUGUACUAUCUAUCUCAUGUGUUAUAAUGUAUGGUAUUGUGGUGU